AUGUCGGAAUUACUCGUCAUUACCUGCCCAAGCGGGAAACAAUGCGCCCACCUCAUCCCCUUGCUCUACAACAAGGGCCGGUGGACGCUCCGCCUUGCCGCCCACUCCCAAGCAUCCCAGGAGAAGCUCAAGUCUCAGUAUCCUGACGCCGAGGUGAUCCCAACCGACCUCAGCUCCUUCAGCGAUUGCCAGUCCCUCCUCACGGGAGCCACCGCCGUCUACCACGUAGGCCCGUCCUUCCACUCCCGCGAGCGCGAGAUCGGGUUCAACAUGAUCGACGCCGCAGUCGCGGAGACGAAACGGCCGGGCAGCGCCUUCAAGCACUUUGUCUUCUCGGGCGUGAUGGGCACCCAGAUCCGCAACCUGAUGCAGCACGAGCUCAAGGCCCUCGUCGAGGAGCGGCUGUACCUCAGCGCCGGGCUCAGCUGGACCAUCCUGCAGCCCGCCAACUUCAUGGACUUCUUCCCCGUCGCGCUGCUGGCGGGCCAGGAGCGGCCGGUCCUCGACAAGCUGUGGAGCCCCGACGCGGCCAACAGCAUGGUCGCGCUGCGCGACCUGGCCGAGGCGGCGGCCAGGGUCCUGGACGAGGGCGAGCGCCACUACUUUGCGCAGUACCAGCUCGCGUCUACCCUGCCCACGUCGGAGAACGAGGUCGCCGGGAUCAUCGGCAGGCAUCUCGGGAGGGAGGUCAGCACCAGGGCUCCGACUUUUGAAGAGGGUGCCGGGCGUGUCCUGCACUACUUGUUUGGCGCGGCGGCGGCGGAGGGUGACCCUCGCCCGGAUAUCACCAGGGAUGAGGCCGAGAGGUUCAUACUGUUCUCAAAUCGCCGAGGGCUACGGGGUAGCCCCAAUGUGUUGAGGUGGCUUCUCGGCAGGGAACCUACUACCGUCGAUGAAUGGGUUAGAAGGGAGCUGGAAGCUUUGAACAAAGAAGCCCGAGGGUUUGCCUAG